AUUGAAGAUGAUAAUAGUGAUCACAAUUACAACAAUAAUUGUUACGUACGCUACGAUAAGUCGUCCACCAUUGCUGAUGCUCAGAAGUUCUGCAAAACAAAGCACGGCGGCAACCUCGUUUCAAUCACUUCGGCCAAUGAAAAUCGUUACAUUCAAUCAAUAUACAUUGGCGGUGGAUAUAUUACACUUGGCGCAGUGGUUCCAAACUACAACGUCAUAUAUUGGAUGGACGGACCACCAGCGACAUAUAAUAUUCAACAUUAUACGAAUGGAACUUGUCUGUUUUUGAAUCUUUCAUGGGAAGGCAGUGGUGAUGACUGGCACACUGUCGAAUGCGCCGAUAAAUCAUGGUUUCUGUGUAAACGGCCUAUAGGAAUUGACUAUUG